AUGGACACUGUGAUCGGAUCAAUCGACACGUGCAACCCAACCACCGGCGACAUCUGCCGUCCACCAAACGGCACCGUCUCAACCGUCCAAACCUCAACUCCUCCCCACUCCACCACCACCAACCCCUGCGACGCAACUCUCGGCCGUUACCUAGCUCGACGCCUCGUCGAGAUCGGCGUCACCGACGUCUUCUCCGUCCCGGGAGACUUCAACCUAACGCUCCUCGACCACCUCAUCGCCGAGCCAAGCCUCAAGCUAAUCGGCUGCUGCAACGAGCUCAACGCCGGAUACGCCGCCGACGGUUACGCCAGAUCCCGCGGCGUAGGAGCCUGCGUCGUCACCUUCACAGUCGGAGGAUUAAGCGUCCUGAACGCGAUCGCGGGUGCGUACAGCGAGAAUCUCCCUCUGAUCUGCAUCGUCGGUGGACCGAACUCGAACGAUUACGGUACGAACCGGAUUCUUCACCAUACCAUCGGUUUACCUGAUUUCACUCAAGAGCUUAGGUGUUUUCAAGCGGUCACGUGCUAUCAAGCUGUGAUUAAUAACUUAGAAGAGGCGCACGAGCUUAUUGAUACUGCGAUUUCUACUGCUUUGAAAGAGAGCAAACCUGUUUACAUUAGUAUCAGCUGCAAUUUACCUGCGAUUCCUCUUCCUACGUUUAGUCGUCAUCCUGUUCCGUUCUCGCUUGUGCCUAAAGUGAGUAAUAAGAUUGGUUUGGACGCGGCGGUGGAGGCAGCUGCUGAGUUCUUGAACAAGGCUGUGAAGCCGGUUCUCGUUGGUGGGUCGAAGAUACGUGUUGCCAAGGCUAAUGAAGCUUUUGUUGAGCUUGCUGAUGCUUCUGGUUUCCAGGUUACCGCACAGGAUGUGUCGACGAUGAUAAGGUGUGGGCAGAAAACUAUAAUCUUUCUCAUCAACAAUGGAGGGUAUACUAUUGAAGUGGAGAUUCAUGAUGGUCCUUACAAUGUGAUAAAGAACUGGAACUACACGGCUUUUGUUGAGGCUAUUCAUAACGGAGAAGGUAAAUGCUGGACUGCGAAAGUGAGGUGCGAGGAGGAGCUUGUGAAGGCGAUUAGCACGGCAACGAAUGAGGAGAAGGAGAGCUUUUGUUUCAUUGAGGUAAUAGUGCAUAAAGAUGAUACAAGCAAGGAGCUUUUGGAGUGGGGAUCUAGAGUCUCUGCUGCAAACAGUCGUCCUCCAAAUCCUCAGUAG